GAGCUCCGCACUCGUUCUUGCUUUAGUGCUCGUUCCAAUAGUGAUCCUCUUCUGCGUUCUUGCUGUGGCUCUUGCCUGCUCAGAGUUUUGGAGCUCAAGAACUUGUUGCUCGUGCUUUCGUCGAACCAAGACGCGGCAUAACCAUCAACGAUCUGAACCUCGGGGUUCAAACUCUACCCAGAGAACUGAUAGCUCGGGAACCCCUUAUUACGGAGAGCCCGUCGUUGGAAAGGAGCACGUCUAAGUUCACUCCUUAUUUUGUCCCCUUGGAGUAACAAGAAUUGCCCAAUGGAAGAAAUAAUACCCAAGCCUCUCAGGAUAGCCAAAACCCCACGACCACACAAACGUACAAACAGUUCAGCUUCUGCUUUGAUCUAUCCUUGGAUUCCUUGCAGACAGUCAUCUCUUCGUGGAAAUCCUAGGCAAUGCUCGGAUGAGUCUGCUACCUCGACAACUCCGCCACCUGGUGAUAACUUUAGAUCUAUUAGGAUCCCGAAAAACCGCCAGAGUGAUACGCCGAUAUCCAAGGACAGUUUGAGACCGAGACCGAGAAUUACAGAGAGCAGCGAAUGCACCGAUGAAUCAGGGGCACACAACCGUGAAAUCGAGACCUGCGACGGACCUUGCCCUACGCCUCAUUUCCCUCGAUUCUUCAGUGGAUGGAGCUUUAGAUCCUGGAACUCUACGAUGAGACGCCUUUCUUUAGAUUCAAAAAACGAUCCGACUGACACGAGUGAUAUUGUCUCGCGUAACGCGAGUCGAGGAGCCAACGAAAAACGAAAUGAAACCUGCUAUGCUAAAAAAUCACCCAUAAUAUUACCUUCUCGGGUUGUUUUGGGCUACGAAAAGAAUGAAAUUCUAGCGCCACGAGGCAUUUCUAUCACCGGUGUUAACGUGGAAGCCACACCAAAGAGCCCUAUUAUCGGCCCUGAGCCUUUGUCGAUAUGGGUAACGGCAGAAAUCACCGCUGACAUUGAUUACGACGAAUCUCUAAAAACUGGGUGGCUCACACCAUUGGACGUAGUCAUCAUCUUGGACAGAAUACCUCAAUCAUCGAUCGGAUUAUUGAGACAACAAGCCGUUAGCUCAUUAGCAGUUGCCUCGAGCUUGAACAGCGAUACUGACCGGUUCGCAAUUGCAUAUAUCAACGGAAAUGCGAAAGACGGAUUCGGGGUCCUUCUUCCCCUAGGAAUGCACUCUUUCGAGUCUGCUCAGAUUGCAGUCGACACAUAUUCACUCUAUCAACUGACAAGUGCGAGGGCCACAAAAUCAAAUGUCCGAAAAGUGGUCUCCCAGGUAUCUAAUAUGUUCUGUCACGAAAGAGCAGCCUUGUGCCAUAUUUUCUUCGUUACUGCAACCCCAACGCACUUUUCGAUGCCCACAAUCGAUAAAAACAUCGGGUUCCAUACAAUAUCCCCUGUCUGUUUUUAUCCAUUUGCUGGUCCUGAAGUGCCUUCCGGAUGGCACAUAUUCUGCGAUAUGGAGACCUACGAUACAGAAUCAAGCGAAGCUGUUCUAAAAAACAAGAUUUACGCAGUCGUCGGUCAUCUUCAUGCUGGAAUCGACCCUGGGAUUAUAACUGACCUUGAUCUGAGCUUGGUGCCAGGUGAUAACUGCGCAGUUCAAUCGAUAUUGGAAGAGACUCAUUUAUCCAUACUACGGCCGGGGGAGAAAUGGAUAGUCCCGAUCCAAAUCAGCGUACCUGGAGCUCCAUCGAGGCCAGAACUGCAGAUGGUCGACAGAAUCACCUGGAACGGCAGCAAUACAUCACUGAACACGUUGGUAAACCAGCUCCAUGACUUUUUCAAGGAGCUCCCCCAUCAAGGUAGUGUGCAGCAUAUUUUGACUGCUCAACUCGGAUACAAGCAUUCGUUAUUGCCAUCGCGCAGUGUCGUCCAUACAGAAAGUCACUGUACCGUAGUCAGAAAUGCGCAAGGGAGUCAGACUGCGUUGUGGGAUAUAUGAAAGGACACAACCAUCAGGAUUCGGUGAGGUAGAUGGAAAUUAUUGGAAUUAAUGUUUUGUCUACGAUG